AUGAUAGAUCCAGAAUUUGAAACAGUAAAUAUUUUAUUAACACAGAGUCCAUGUGGAAAACUUCACGCUGACAGAAUAACAGACGUUGAAGCACUCACCGGCUAUAAAGUUUGUCCAUAUUGUAAAGAAGAAGUUUAUUCUAUCCGUGAUGAUCCAGAAAGGAAAAACCAAAGAAGAUUUUUAAAACAUUGUGAGAAAUGUAAAGAAAAUAAUGGGAGAUUAAUUCAAGACGUUCAGUUGCAAAAGACACAGCAACCAUAUGCACCACAUAUUACGAAACAGAAGAUAUAUCAGUGGUUAUUAGCUCAUAAUUUGCAGAAAUAUUAUAAACCGACAAGAUAUUAUAUUACUUUUGACUUCGAAACAUUAGAGACUAAAGAAGAAUUACAACUUUCUGAGUGUGCAACUUUGAACGCUUACUUAAAACCAUUCAUGGUAUCAUCAACGGUUAAAUUAAAUGAUAAAACAUAUACGAGGAAUUUUUGCUUAACUUCGAGUGAUUCUUUUAUUUCUGAUUGGAUUGAGUUUUUAUUUUCAACCUGUUCAUUAGUUGCUAAAUCAAAUAUUGAACAAUAUGAAGAAUUAAUGAAGUCGCAAACAGACCAAACGGUGGGGACUUUGUCUCAUACAUUAAAUGAGAAACAAAAGGAAGCAAUGAAAGAGCUUUUAGAUGAAGAAUUUAAUAAAGUGAAUAUCAUAGGUUUUAAUUCGGGAAAGUUUGAUUUAAAUUUAAUUCUUCGUGAUUUAAACACUGCAAAAUGGAAAAUAAAAUCAAUGCUGGGUUCAUCUUCACAAUUUAAGCAAAUCAUUGUAAAGAAAACAAACGUUCCAUAUGAAUUGAGAUUUAUUGACAUCAGAAAUUAUAUAGCGGGUGGGACAUUAGACCAAUUCACUCAAGAUUUCGGAAAUAAUAAAUCACGUGUUAAAUCCUUUUUCCCUUAUCAAUUCAUCACAUGGGAGAAUUACGAAGAUGAAUUAUAUAAAAAGGAACCAUUCACGAAAGAUUCAUUUUAUUCAGCAUUAACACAAGAAACAAUAUCCGAUUCAGAUUAUCAAAUAUAUCUCAAUGAUGCUAAAAACUUUAAGAAUAGAUUAGAAUAUUUUAUUCAUUAUUGCAAUAAAGAUGUUGAAAUUAUGAUUGACCCAAUUGAUAAAAUUAUUGAAGAAACAUUUGUUUAUAAAAUUGACAUGCUUCAUAAUCUUUCUUUAUCAUCGAAUGCUUCAAUGAUUCGUUACGCUUUAGCAUAUAAAGACUUUAAUCAUAAUGAAAAAUAUCCCGAGGAAGAGAUAGAAUCAAGUUUUGAAUUAACGAAAAAGUAUUGGAAAUAUAAAAUUGAAUCAUAUAAGAAACAAGAUGAAAAAGCAGAAAGGGAUACUAAAAAUAAUGUUUCAAUGGAUGAUUUUCAAUACUAUCACGAUUUAAUCCUUUCAUCUAAAUGCAAAAUGUGUGGUAAAGCGUUUACAUAUGCAAAUAAACCAACAUUGGAUAGAAUCGAUAAUGAAAAACCACAUACCAAAGAAAAUUGUCAGUUAAUGUGUUGUUAUUGCAAUGUCGUAAAAUCAAAUAAAGAUGAAGAUGUUCAACGUUUAAGAAUCAAUUUAAGAAAUUAUGCAUUAAAAAAUAAUUUACCAAUGACUUUAGAUUCAGUUGAAGCUUAUCACAUUCUCCGUAAUGGAAUUACUGGUGGUCUAUCAAAUGUUCAACAUCGUGUUAAUCUUAAAGGAAUCACGCACAUUAAUAAACUUUCAUAUAGUCCAGAACUAAAAACUGUAUCAAAUGAGGACACUUCCAACAUCAUGACUCAUUUCGUUGGUGUUGAUUUUAAUUCAUUAUAUCCUUCAUCAUUUUCAUCUAAUCCUCAUGAUUUCAUUCAAUAUACUGACCAUAAAAUGUAUAUGCCGGGAAGAUUGA